AAACGUGGGAGAAGGAAGAGACGGAAAGAGUGAGAAUCAGAUAUAAUAUAAAAUCGGGAUCGGGUGGAGAGAAUGUCGCGAGAUCCGUACUCGAGCGGAAGCGGAGUGGUCGGGCCAGGAGGCGGUACUCGUUCGCCUCGAAGCGGUCGUCGCGUGGGCGAGCUACCCACGGUCGACCGUAGCCCGUCGAGGAGCUACGCGAGCGGUCGCGGCAGUCCUUUGGGUCGGAAGAGAGGCACUCGUAGCGGGAACAACUCGCCGGAGCACCUCGGAUACGGGAGCUACCAUCACCAUCAGCUGGGCAGUCCGUACUACUCCCGCGACGAGGACCUCGCCAGUCCCGUGAUGCUCGAGGAGAGGGGCAGGAGUAUGUCAACCGGGGGCGGUGGGGGCGGACAUCACAGAUCCAGAAGCGCCUCGAGACCCGCCAUGUCCAGCUCGGCGGGCAUGUCGGCGAGGUACACCAGCCUCGAUCGUGCAUCCGCGGGUAUCCUCGAUCACGAUCGCGAGUUCGUGCCGAUACGCGAUCCCCGUGAACGUAGCCGCGACCGUGGACUCUACCUGGAGGAUGAGAUUUACGGGUCGAGAUCGGCCAGACAGAGCCCGAAUCCGCACAUGCUGCGCGACAGCGGUGGCUAUAUCGGUGAACUCCAACAUCAGAACAACGAUCUCCAACGAGAGCUCGGGAACCUCAAGAAGGAGCUCGAGCUGACGAACCAAAAGCUCGGCAGCUCGAUGCACAGCAUCAAGACCUUCUGGAGUCCCGAGCUCAAGAAGGAGAGAGCAUUGAGAAAAGAGGAGAGUUCCAAGUACAGCCUGAUCAACGAACAGCUGAAGCUGCUCAGCUCCGAGAAUCAGAAACAAAGUAUGAUGGUUCGCCAACUGGAGGAGGAGCUGAGGAUGCGGAUGAGGGGGCCGAGCGUCGAGAUGCAGCAACAAAUGGAAGUUUUGUACAACGAGAACGAGCAUCUGACGCGAGAGAUCGCCAUACUUCGCGACACGAUUAGGGAGCUGGAAUUGAGAAUAGAGACCCAGAAGCAGACGCUGCAAGCUAGAGAUGAAAGCAUCAAGAAGCUGCUCGAGAUGCUCCAAAACAAGGGAUGGGUGAGCUACCGUCCGAAAAUCUGGAUUCCGAGCAGACAUCCCAAGAGCUUCUCGUUGCUUUCUGCUGUUCCAGGAAAAGAGGAGGAAAGGAUCAUGUUCCAGCAGAUGCAGUCGAUGGCCCAGAAGCAGCUGGACGAGCUACGGAUGGAGGUGCAGCGUAGAGAUCAGGAGCUGCUCGCCAUGUCCGCUAAGAUGAAAACCCUGGAGGAGCAGCACCAGGAUUACCAGCGGCACAUCACCGUGCUCAAAGAGUCGCUCGCCGCCAAGGAGGAACACUACAACAUGCUGCAGGCUGACGUGGAGGAAAUGCGGCAGCGGCUCGAGGAGAAGAACCGGAUGAUCGAGAAAAAGACGCAGGCGGCGAUGCAGGCGCAACAGGAGCGGAAUCGUAUGAACACCGAGCUCACCGAGCUCAAGGAUCACAUGGACAUUAAGGACAGGAAGAUCAACGUGCUUCAGCGCAAGAUCGAGAAUCUGGAGGAUCUGCUAAAAGAGAAGGACAACCAAGUCGACAUGGCCAGGGCGCGUUUAACGGCAAUGCAGGCGCACCACUGCAGCAGCGAAGGUGCGCUGAGUAGCCUCGAGGAGGCGAUAGGAGAUAAGGAGAAGCAAAUGGCACAAUUACGGGAACAGAGGGACCGGGCCGAGCAGGAGAAACAGGAGGAAAGGGAGUUGCACGAGAGGGAGAUCGCCGAGUACAAAAUGAAGAUACAUGCCCUCGAGUCGGAGGUGGAGAAAUUGGGCGCCCGGUUGGAGAGGGCGCAAGCGGAGAAAGAUCGACUGGAGGCGAAGCUGGAGAGCUCGCAGUCGGAGCUCGGCAAGAGCAAAGCCGAGCUGGACAAAGCGGCGUCCGAGGUUGGGCGCAGCGGGGCCGACUGGGAGGCUGCCAAGCAGAGGCUGACCAGGCUCGAGCUCGAGAACGAGAGGCUGAGGCACGAGAUCGAGAGGUCUCAGACCAGUUACGGAAGGAGCACCCUCAAUUCCUCUCAGGAGAUGGACAGGAUCCAGGAGAGGGCCGAGAAGGCGGCCGCUGAACUGAGGAGGGCCCAGGCCGAGCUCAGAGUCACGCAGGCUGACAACGAGAGAGCUAGGGCCGAGGCGGCUGCUCUCCAAGAAAAGGUGGAGAAGAGCCAGGGUGAGGUGUACAGGCUGAAAGCGAGAUUGGAAAACGCUCAGGGUGAACAGGAGAGUCUUCGGGAUGAAUACGAUCGGGCGCAAGCGUCGGUGGCUCGUCUACACUCGGAACGGGACAAGGCGAUCGCUGAACUGGAGAAAACGCAAGAGGAACUGGAACGGACGCAAGCUACCCUCGGCAAGGCGCAACUUCAACAGGACAAAUUGCAGAAUCUAUUGGACAAAACGCAGAGCGAGGUGGACAAGCUGCAGGAGAAACUGGACAAAACGCAAACGGAAAUUCGCAGGAUGCAAAUGGAGAGGGAAAAGCAGAACUACGAUUUCGAGAACGUGCAAAGUCAAUUGGACAAAGCGCUCGGCCAAUCGACGAGGAUGCAGAAGGAGAGGGAAACGAUUCAAUUGGAGGUGGACCGGUUGCAGGAUAAGUACGAGAAGGCUCAGAUGAUAAUGCAACGGCUGCAGAAGGAGAGAGACGGGUUCCAAGAGGAAACGGACAAAUUGCACGAGAGGAUAGAGUUCCAGCAGAAUCAAAUAGCGAAGAUGCAACGGGACAAGGAGAACGUAUUGUCGGAGCUCGAAUUGGUGAAGGAGAGAUGGGAGAAGGCUCACAACUCCCAUCAAAAGUUAACCCUCGAGCGGGACGACGCUCUCACCGAGAUCGAGAUCCUGAAGGAGAAAUUGGAUAAGGCCCAAUACUCGAUGAACAAGGCUCACGAGGAGCGGGAGAACGCGAACAAGGAGUUCGAGAAGAUGUUGGAGAAGUACGACAGAGCCCAGAGCGAGGUGUAUCGGCUGCAGAAUCGGAUCGAGGUGAUGGAGGCGGACAAAGACAGGCUGGAGCUUGAGGCCGAGAAGCAACAAAUGCUGGCUACGAAGAGCCGCGACGAGGCGAGGAAAGCGCAGGAGGAGUUGGCUCGGGUGCAGGAGAUGUACGAUCGGGCCGCCCUUCAAUUGGGUCGGACGAAGGAGCACGAGGAGAAAUCGAAGGAGGAUCUGGACAGGUUGACGGUCGACUUGGAGAUGGUGCGCGAACGUUACGAGAAGUCGCAGAUCGAGAUGCGGCGGUUGCAAAACGAGAGGGAGAAAUUGGUGGCGGACAACGAGAGGAUCAGUUUCGAAUUGGAGCGCGCCCACUCGCAGCUGACCAAGGCUCAGGCGGCGACCGACAAGACGCAGGAGGAGUUGGCGCGGAUGCAACUGGAGAUCGAGAAGAUGUACGAGAAGCACGACAGGCAGCAGGCCGAAGUGAGAAAGUCGCAGGCGGAGACGGAACGGCUGCGAGUGGAGGCGGAGAGCGCGCGCGAGGAAUGCGAGAGGUACGCGGCCAGGUUCGGCAAGUAUCAGGAAAGUCAGGAACGGCAGAAGGAGGAACACGAAUGGGCGAAGCUGGAGGUGGAGCGGCUCCGCGAUCGGCUGGAGAAGGCGUUGGCGGAGCUCGAGCGCGCGAGGAAGGCCGAGCAGGACGCCUCGAGGCUGCGCGCCGAUCUGGAACGUGCGGAGGGAGCGCGAGGUAAAUACCAGUACGAGCAAGAGAAGUGGCAGAGCGAGGGUAGUAGGCUGCAACAGGAGGUGGAUAAGCUGAGGGAGCGUCUGGAGGGCCGUGAGACCGAGCUGAAGAGGACGCAGUCGAGCAACGCCGAGCUCGAGGCGAAGCUGCACGAGACGCAGCUUCAGCUCGAGCGGGCGCGCGAGGAUACCAACAAGGCGACCGCGGCGCAGGAACGGAAUCGCGGCGAGAUCGAACGCGCUAGAAUCGAAACCGAGAAGAUACGCGAUCGUCACGACAAGGUGAAGGCGAGAGCGGACGCCCUGGAGGCGGACAACGAGAAGCUCCGGGUGGAGAUCGUACGGUUGGAGAGGUUGAUGCAAACCGAGGGUAAGACCAGAUCGGAGAGCGCGAGCAUCGAGGUGGAGCGGCUGCGCGCGAGCCUGGACAAGGCGAUCGUGGGACGGGAUCAGGUGGAGCUCGAGGCCGGCAGAUUGGCUAAGGAGCUCGAGAAGGCGCACAUGCAGACGGCCAAGUAUCAGGAGGCCGCCGAGGCGAACAAGAAAGAGUUGGAACGGCUCGCGGCCGAGAUGCAGUUGCUGAGGGACGAGCGGGAGGCGCUUAGGCAGGAGUUGAGACGGGUGCAACAGCAACAGCAGCAGCAACAGCAGCAGCAACAGUUGGCCGGAAGCGAGGAGAUGGCGCACCUUCAGCACGAGUUGCAACUCGCGCAACGGGAACGGGACAAGAUGGCCGCGAUCCUAGAGAAUCGGGAGAAACACUCGGAGAAGAUCGAGAAGGUGAAGGAGAAGCUCGAGGCCGAGGCGAAGCAGUUGCAAGUGGAACGGGAUCAGUUGGUGAUACAAUUGGAGAAGUCGCAGGAGAUGCUGGUCAACUUCCAGCAAGAGUUGGAGACGAACGAGGCCGAGUUGAAGCGUCAACGGGACGAGGUCCGCCGGUUGCAACAGUUGCAGCAACAAAGGGUGCACGCGCAGACGCCUGACAGGGCGGCGAAGGAGGCCCUCGAGGCGCAGAUGCGGGAGGUUCAUCGAUUGGGGCAGCAGGUGCAGAGCCUGACCCAGGCCCAGACGAAGGAACGACAGAGGGCCGAGCAGGCCGAGAAACGGGUGCAGGAACUUCAGAAGCAGAUCGCGUCGAGGGAUGCGAGCGUGGCGGGCGGCCCAGUGAACGAGGCACAGCUCGAGCAAUGGAGGAAGCUUUGCGAGACGGAGAAACAGAGGGCGGACGCGGCUGAGAGGCAGGCUGCCGAUUUGCAAAAGCGUAUCCAGAAUACCGAGAGACAGUUGCACGCUCAACAACAGCAGAUCCAGCAGAUGCAGGUGACGAUGCAGCAGCAACAACAACAGCUACAACAGCAACAACAGCAUCCGCAACAGCAAAACGGCCAGGAGGUCGCCAGGUUGAGAAAGGAAUUGGAACGCGCUCAAGAGAACGUUAAACAGGCGGGCGUGGAGCGCGAGCGGUUCCAGGAUCAGCUCGAAAAGCUGUGCCAGGAGCUGCAGAAAUCUCAGGUGGACUUGCACGAGGCGAACAAGAAACUCCAAGCUGGCGCCGCGAAGGCUGGUAUCGACACUACUCAAGAGAGAAGACAAUUGGAGGAGCAGAAACGCCAAGUGGAAGAGCAGAGAAGACAGACGGAAGAACGAGCGAAGUCCGUAGAUCAGAAAGCUAGGACGAUAGAGGAGAAGGAGAGGACGCUCCAAAGUCUCGACCAGGACUUGAAAAAACGGACGAAGAUGGAUCAGUUGGAGCAGCAGUUACAAAGGAGCGGUGGCUCGCCGGACAAGAGAUUGGCGGAAAUGCAGAAGGCUCUGGAAACUGCCGAGAAGGAAUUGGAAAAGGCGAAGGAGGAAUCGACCAGAAGCUCUGCCGAGACCGAAAGGUUGCUGCAGUUGAUGCAGAUGACUCAGGAAGAGCAGAAUGCCAAAGAAAGACAAAUCAGAGAACUUCAAGAUGCACUCAAAGCCGCACAAGCCAAGUUGAAACAAGCCGCAACUGCACAGCAACAAGAGGCGGGUCCCACCGGAUUCCUAAAAAGCUUGUUCUAAGGUCGAUUUUCGUUGGGGACGCCUUCUCCGUUCUUUUUAGUACAAUUUGCAUAUUAAGCGAACUUUACAAGUACACGAACUUAUUAUACGAAA